AUGAUUAUAUUAAGUUACGUUUUUCCUAGUAUAGACGAGUUAGCUAAUCAGUUAGAUCAUGUUUUAAGAUACUUCGGUUUGCAAUCAUUCGUCGGACUUGGAGUGGGAGCUGGUGGGAAUAUUUUGGCUCGAUUCGCUUAUAGACAACCAACAAAGGUCGAAGCGCUGUGUUUGAUCAACGUGGUGUCAACGCCAGCCGGUUGGAUCGAGUACGGAUAUCAAAAAUUGAACAGUAGAUAUUUGAAAUCCAAAGGCAUGACACAAGGUGUGAUGGACUAUUUGAUGUGGCAUCAUUUUGGAAAAGGAACCGAAGAGAGGAACCACGAUCUGGCCAGAGUAUACCGCGAGUACUUCGAGCACAGCGUCCACCCGGGAAAUCUGGCCGCAUUCAUCGACUCGUACGUUAGACGGACAGACUUGGGCAUCAGCAGGAGUACGCCCACGUCCGAGUCAUGUCCCGCAGGCCGCCGGCUCAGCAUGACCACCACGUUGCAGAUGCCCAUCAUCAACGUGUGCGGAGCUCUGUCGCCGCACCAAGAGGACACGGUGACGCUCAACUCGAGACUGGAUCCGACCAAGUCGUCGUGGAUGAAGAUAUCUGACUGUAGCAUGGUGCUGGAAGAGGUACCACAAAAAAUGUGUGAAGCGCUGCGGCUUUUCUUGCAAGGACUCGGUUACGUGAUAUCGAAAUCCAUCAGACAGUCCAUGUCCAAAGACAGCGUGCGCAGCUCGCCGUGGCCAUUCAGAAUCACCGAGAACCCACUGACGGUAUGAUGACAUAAAACGUGCAAUGCGUUUAUGUCAUUAGCGGGCGCAGGUUGUUUGGCGGCGAGGUGGGAGAUUGGUGCUAUAGCAACAGUUCUACAAUAAUAAUAAUUAUAGGUAUACACACAUAGGUAUAUAACUUAAAUKGACUCGUGUGCAAUUCUGAAGUCUGGGAGAGCAUCGGUAAACCGUGGAAAAAACGUGAAAAAAAAAAUUAAAUAAUACCGAAUCGUUUACAGAUUAGUUGAAAAAGGACAAAUACAUACUAUUGUUUCAAUAUGGUUUAUAUAUAAUAUUAAAUAAAUGGUCUGGCUAUAUCAUGUUUUUUUGUAGAUAAUUAUAUAUAUAUAUAUAUAUUAUGUAUGUAUACCUAUACAUUAUAUUGUAAUAAUAAACAGUUAUAUAUUGUAAUGAUGUUAGGGAUAUUGAGACUCAUAUCAUCAAAAAAAGCUUCAGAUGUAGUUUUUGCUAAACGGAGAAUAAACUCCGGAUAUGUUGUUAUGUUUAGGUACGCCUAAAAAUUAAAUUWAAAUUAAAUUAAUAUAUUAUUAUGAUAUAAUCGUUAAUGAAUAAUAAAAACGAUGAGAUAAACGAGUUAGUUUAAUAGACUGCACAAACAUCUGCGCUUUUUUAUUGUUUUUUUUUUUUUUAAUUUAUAUUUUACGUUGUUGAUUAUUGAUGUUAAUAAUAGUUUGUUAAGUAUGUUGCUGUUAUUUAAUCAGAUAAAUUGUAUACAUCGCGGAUGUCAUAUACCGUUCUGUAUGAUAUAAAGAUGGAUUGUGAUAAGUAACAAUAUAACAAUGAAAUUUAUAAUUAUACAU